UACACAUCACACAUGGAAGCCCAUCAUCUAGCUCUCUCUUCCCUCAUCACCCUCUCCUUCUUCUUAGCAAUAUUGCCACCAUCUUACUGCACCGACGAUGCACGCUUUGUUGAUUGCAGUCGUCCCUAUGAGUGUGGAAGAAUCAAAAACGUUUCUUACCCUUUCUGGGGAGGUAAUCGACCUGAACAUUGCGGUCGCCCAGGGUUCAAGCUCGAGUGCGACAACAAUGAAUACCCAUUUAUCAAAUUUGGAAAACUAGAGUUCCCCAUACUAAACAUCAACGAAUCUCAAAAUAACAUGACCAUUGCAAGAUUGGACCUCUGGCAUGGUUUUUGCCCUCAAACCUACCUCGAUACCGUUUUGAAUUAUAGUAUCUUUGAUUACGCUCCAACCGUUCAAAACAUAACUUUCUUCUACGACUGCCCUCCUCAAGUCAAUACACUUAUACCGGUCCAAAAUAGAUUUAAGUGCAGCUUGGAAGGUAGUGAUGUAGAUAAUAACGCUUACUUUGUAAACGAAUCGUCAGCAAAGAUCCAUAUUAGGGAGCCAGAGAAAUGCAGAGGAGAAAUCCGUGUUCCAAUUUUACGGAAUGCUAUUGAUGAGUCUGCGGGUGUAGUCCCGGCACUACAGGAAGUAUUGAAUCGAGGAUUCGAUGUGGAAUACAUUCCCUUGGACGAUAUUGCCUGUAGUGGGUGUGAGCAUUCAGGUGGGCAUUGCGGUUCUCACGUAACAAAUCAAUUUGUCUGCCUUUGCCGUGACGGAGAGCGCUCUUAUACCUGCCCAGGUGUUGCUGCUUCGGGAGUUGGAGUAUUACUAACCUGCAUCAUUAUUUUCUGGUUUAGAAGUAAAAGAUCAAUUAUUAAGUCAACAAAAUUUUGGACGAAGAAAACAAAGAAUGAGCAUGAUCUUGAGGCCUUCAUUAGAAAGUAUGGACCACUAGCUCUAAAUAGAUAUAAAUUCUUAGAAAUAAAAAAAAUGACCAACUCUUUUAGAGAUAAACUAGGUCAAGGAGGUUUUGGUGGCGUCUACAAAGGAAAGUUGCUUGAUGGUCGUCCUGUUGCUGUGAAGGUCCUUAAUGAAUCAAAAGGAAACGGAGAAGAAUUUAUUAAUGAGGUUGCAAGCAUUAGUAGAACUUCACAUGUUAAUAUUGUCACACUCCUAGGAUUUUGUCUAGAAGGUCAGAAAAGAGCUCUCAUCUAUGAGUUCAUGCCCAAUGGAUCACUUGAAAAGUUCAUACAAGAUGGCAACCUUGAGAAAACCAAUUCGCAUUUGGGAUGGGAAAAAUUGUUCCAAAUUGCAAUUAGAAUUGCUCGGGGGCUUGAGUACUUGCAACGUGGGUGCAACACAAGGAUCUUGCAUUUUGACAUAAAACCACAUAAUAUCCUUCUGGAUGAAGAUUUUUGCCCAAAAAUCUCUGAUUUUGGACUCGCUAAACUUUGUAUAAGGAAUGAGAGUAACAUAUCAAUGACUGGUACCAGAGGAACAAUUGGGUACAUAGCUCCAGAAGUGUUUAGUAGGAACUUUGGUGGAGUUUCACACAAAUCUGAUGUUUAUAGUUAUGGAAUGAUGAUUUUGGAGAUGGCUGGAGGAAGAAAUAACAUUGAUGUUGGAGAAAGCCCGGCUAGUGAAAUAUAUUUUCCACAUUGGAUUUAUAAGCGUCUUGAGCUAGACAACGAUAUAGGAUUUCUAAGUAAUAUGACAACAGCAGAAAAUGAAAUGGUGAGGAAGAUGAUCUUAGUGGGCUUGUGGUGCAUACAGACAAAUCCAUCUGAUAGGCCAUCCAUGAGUAAAGUGAUUGAAAUGAUAGAAGGAAACAUAGAAGCCUUGAAGAUCCCUCCAAAACCUUUCUUAUGUUCUCCUCCAAGAUCACUUGUAGAAGAAUCCUCCACCACAUCAAUGCUAUGAAAUUAUAUUUAUAGAAAAAUUUCUUCCUGUGUAAAUAUUGAUGUGUUGUUCUUGCUCCUUAGGUCUAAGUGUGACUACGAACCUUUCUUAUAUAAAAGAGAGAGAUUGUCUA